UCCUCCUCCUCCUCCUCCUCUUCGCCUUCUCCCCUUCUCUCCAGGCAUCAGAGGGCCCGGAUGCAGCAUCCUGGAUCCCAUUGCUCACAUUAGACCUCCAGCUCCUCCUCUCCUCUGAGCUCCUUUGGCUGCUUCUAGAAAUCUCCACUGGGAUGUCCCACGGACAGUAUUCUAAUGACAGACUGCACAUCGAUAAAAGUCACCUGCGAUCUGGGACAGAAACCUAGAAAUUACUCCUAUCCUCGUCCCCCGACUCGGGCCUGGACCACUGCACCAGCUUCCUGUCACCCCCAACAGUCUGUCCCUUCCCCCUCCAGUGUCACUUCCAGCCAGAGUGAUCUUCGGGAAAACCUAGAUCGUGCUUGACCGUGGCCCAAACUGGACUGGAACCCGAGUCUCUCAGUUCCUCCCCUUGAGCUCCAUCUAUCUUUGGAGGAAAGUGCACAGGGUCCCAAGAGAAACUGCUCUCUAGGAUCUAAAGCAGGCACCUUCCAGGAACUACCCUGGGUCCGGGACACUCGGGUACAGUCUACCCCUGCCUUCUGUCCUCCAGGUCCUGGAUAACGGAACUGAUGGUCUGGACAGGGCAGGACCCUGCACCUGGAGGUGACCCACGAGCAGUUCCUGCCCAUGGAUGGGCAAUAGUGGGCAUCUGAGUGAAGGUGGCCAGGAAGCGACCGUGUUGGGAGAUGAAUUGUCCCCGUUUCUCUCACACAGCCCCUCUUGGAUUCAGGUCUUAAAGGCCCUGGGCAGCUGUUGCUGGUAUCAGGGAGUGAAGUCCUCUCUCAGCCAUUCAUUCCAUGGAAUUGGACCCAUCUGGUUGGACCGCUGCUCCGCACCAUUCAUCAUCUCUGCGGUCAACAACAUCUGCCCAACCCCCGCGGAUCGCCCAAUGUCUUGGCGAAUGAAUGAACCCGGGAUCGGGAGUGCCCAGCACCAAAUCCAUGGGGCAGACACUCUGGCCACCAGAAGCUUCCAGACAUCGCUGGCCACCUCAGUCCAACAUCAAGCUGGACAGAAACUUGGGAAGAGGCUGGAUUUUCUUCCAGGACCCAGGCAUCAUUUUUGCCAUCUACAAAAAUACACUUCACUAUAUUUAGGCAGUGCUACGAAUGGGCCUCCCCCACACCCCCUCUUUCACCCCAGCUCAAGAAUGUUUCUCCGUUUGUUUUUGUCAUUUAAUAUUUUUUUCCUACCACCUGGAGAAGUCAUCAAGCACUCACAUUCCCCAACCCACUUUGCCUACUGCUUGUGAAUUAAAAUAUGCCCCCGCACCCCCGCCAAAAUACGACCUUGGAGCAGAAUGCGGGCGUCAGUGGAAAGUACUGGUGCUCUUUUUCACCGCCUCUGGAAGCGUGGUGCUGUAUUUCUGGGCAUCUGCUCUGUGCCAGACCCCACACUCACUGUCACACACACCUCGGCUCAUCCCGGCUCCUGCCCACCAUGCCUGUGAUGACCGCAAGCGACGUCAAGCCACGCCACCGGAUGACAAGCUGCUGGCUGUCCCCCUGGCCCGUCGCUUGGGGCGAGGGAAGUGAUGGUCCAAACUGGGUUUGUUUGACUCUGUUCUGGGUCAGGCGGGAGUCUAGAUGGCCUCCAGCGUGGUGCUCAGGACAUGGCGGAGGAGAAAUGCUUUGGGGUGUUGGCCUCUGAGGGCCUGUGGGUUUUACUGUCAUGGCAGGGUUUCCUCAGCAGGUCCCUCAUCAGGGGCUUAAGGAGGGGACUGCCCUCCUACUAUGCCCUUCCCCCUCAACUUCACACCAGGACAUCUCCUAGCUUCAGCCCUCACUCAAAACGGAGGUGAAAGCCGGGCGUGGUGGUGCACGCCUAUAAUCUCAGCACUCCUGAGGCUGAGGCAG